GCAAGUUCAAAGAAAUUUUACUUUCCUUUUAAUUGACAGAGCACAACUCAUUCAUUUCGGUCUGAUAUUUCGGUGUGAGCAGUCGUUCAGCUCCAAAAUUUCAAAUUCCAAUCAUGGUGUACCUGGUGAGGAACAAGGACGAUCUCGACCAGCAGCUGGCCCUCGCCGAGGACAAGCUGGUGGUGAUCGAUUUCUAUGCCAACUGGUGCGGACCAUGUAAAAUUAUUGCCCCAAAAUUGGAGGAGCUGGCCCAGCAAUAUUCGGACCGUGCGGUUGUGCUCAAGGUGAAUGUGGACGACAACGAGGACAUUACGGUCGAAUACAACGUGACCAGCAUGCCGACCUUUGUCUUCAUCAAGGGCGGCGAAGUCCUGGAGCUUUUCGUUGGCGGAAACUCGGACAAGCUGGCCAAGUCCAUGGAGAAGUUUGUCGGCGAUGUGGCUGAGGCGGAUGCCGCGGAGCAUCGCCGUUCGUCCAGUCACCUGGGAGCGGGAUUGGAAUCCGAGGACGCAUGCAGUGCCGGGCCAAGUGCCUCCUCCAGUGACAGUGUCAACGAAGAUGUGGUCAUCUGCGAGCUGUCCGAACACGAUCAGGAGGCCGUUUUGGAGCACUAAUACCGAAAAUCCAUACCAUUUAAGACACCAUCAUAUACCGAAAUCCCGUUAAUACAUCCAUCGAUCCAACCCUAUAUCCCUAAGGAAGGGUUAACAAAACCACCAUACUCAAGAAUACUUUCAUAUGCUACAAGGUUGAUGUUACGGCGGACUUCAACCUUGUUCUGUAAUACUUAAAACUACUCAUGAAUCGUUAUCCUCAAUCGAUACUCCUUGGCAAAUUUAAAGAAAACUACACAUCGUGUCCGCUCGCAGUGCUCUUAUAACUUAACGAUGCUGCAACCAUAAAACCAAACCAUUGUACUACAACACUAACACAAUGCCGUGGUUGGAAAUAAUCUAUAUACUAUCUCAACUGAACGGAAAUAUGUACAACCGACACUGCUGCUCAGUUUUCCACGCAUUGCUGGUUUCUUGUUAACACUACAUAUUGUUGCUUAACACAAAAACAAGUACAAAAUAUUUAACAAAGAUAAAUUAUAACAAACUA